GCGUCCGGUAGAUUUGUACGUUUGGGAACUGCGUCCAUGCUGUCAGAGCCUGACGGCCCUUUCAUCAACCCCUCUCAACUAAAUCUUGCAAAGUACGCUGACAGGCCUGGUCUCAACAAAGUCCUGUUCGAUUAUCUCUUCUACCACGAGAACGACAUCAAGAACUCCCUCGAACUUGCAGCUCUUGCCACUCAGCCCCGAAAAGCGGUCGAAUGGCAUGCUAUCUGACGAACACAGUGUACGACUGCGAUGCGAAGACCAUAUUCCAAGCUUCUGUCCACAUCCUUCGUCAAGAUAUCCAAGCUGCCAGAGACGUAUUUUCAGGAAAGCUCCAGGACUUCAGUAGUAUUUCAGAACUUCUCGGCCCGGCAAAUCAUGAUCUUAACCAGACCGUUCUGGGAUGGUUCGACGGAAAUAACGACUUUGUCCCAGAGAACCCCGAUCACUUCUUUGACAGAGUGUUUCUUCAGCUAAAUUUUACAGAUCCCGAGAUUAUGUCGACAUGUGGUUUCCUUGAACAAGCAGGAAUCAAGUGUCAUAAUGGCUUCCUCAGUGACUAUCCCUCCGAGAUAUAUGAGAAUCGUCUCAAAAAGUUUAACGACUACACCAUGAAAGUUCUCAAAGACAACACCUCAAACAUCUGGCCUGACAUGACGCCCUGUCAGCGUACUAGCUGCAAAGUCCUCCUCUGGACUGUAAAACACAGCAACCGGUCAUUUCGCGGUCAUAUAUUCCCCAUCGAUCAGUUUUACGGGUAUCACGGUCGGUACAUGUUCCUGAUGACCGACCUAGCUGUGAUUGAAGACAGUGCUGAUAUUCAGCGCUACAUAUCACGUGUAAUUGGUGGCGGACACAAGUUCAACAGGAUAGUAGCUGACAUGAAACGGAAGGAGGCUGUGGGAGCGAUAGCACCCCGAUGCUGCCUGGAAAAAGUUGCCAGCACCAUAAAACAAACACUAUUUGACCUUCAUUCUGAGGACAACAAAUUGAUAUGUACUGCUACGGAGAAAUAUGAGGCUGCAACUGGAGAAAUGUUACCUGAGAACUAUAUCAAAGCUAUCAGACAUGCCAUUGAACUGUACCUCAUACCCGGGCUGACCAACUGUCUGAACGCUGUGCGGAGCUACAUACAGAUCUCCUCAGGUGAGGUGGGGUUGUGGAAGAUGCAGGACGGUGAGGACUACUACGAUCAUUGUCUAAGGUGGGAGACUACCACCACCCUCACUCCCGAGCAGAUAUUUAAUCAGGGUAAAAACGAUACUGAGAACACUCUGGAUAAAGUAGUUCAGGUUGUGAGGGUGAUGAAUGAAAAUGGGGAUAUGACUCUGAACAGUUUGGAUCCGCCAUCUGUAAUUUUAAGGGAUAUGUUUGAAAACAAGAAGUUUAGAUUUCAGAACGGUCCUGAGGGUAAGAAGGCAAUUAUCAAGUACUGCCAAAAUCUGCUGAAGGAGGUCUCUACAAAGGUGGACCAUUUGUUCAGGGAGAAACCAUUGGCUGCGUGUGAAGUAUCCGAACUCCCUGAAGCAAUGUCCCUGGGGGGUGCUGCUGCGUUCUACCAAGAGAGCACUCUAGAUCUCACUCGACCUGGUAUCUUCUACAUUAACACUGGCAACAUGGCAACUCACCUCAAGCCUCAGAUGAAGAGUCUAACAGCCCAUGAAUCAGUGCCUGGGCACCACUUCCAGAUCUCCCGCAUGAUGGAGAACAAGAAGCUACCGGCCUUUCGGAGACGUUACAGUUCCAGAUACGCAGGAUUUGUUGAGGGCUGGGGCUUGUACUGCGAGUGCUUGGCUAAUGAGAUUGGUUUCUAUAAAGACAAAAGCGGUUUAGAUAGCUACGAUACAUUGGGCUAUUACACGUUCGAGCUCCUGCGAUCAACUAGACUCGUUGCUGAUACAGGAAUACAUCGCUUCAAAUGGUCAAGGGAGAAGGCUAUCCAGUAUAUGAUGGAGAAUACAGGGAUGGGCAGAGAAAGAAUAGAGUCGGAAAUAGACCGAUACUGUGUUCUUCCUGGACAGGCUUGCUCAUAUAAGAUCGGACAAAUGAAGAUUCUAGAGAUUCGAGCCAAGUUAGAGAAACAAGAAGGCUUUGACCUAGCCAAGUUUCACGACAAGUUGCUAGGUUUGGGUUCAGUUCCACUGGAAAUACUAGAGGAGGAGAUGUGGAGUGGGGAGAAAGUAUAACUUUUCUUCCAUAUGGAAUGUUUUGUUCACUGGACUUGCAGUAUGAUUAUCAUGUUACCUUAGUUAAGUGACCACUUUGAUAAGGAAUAUAAGGAACUGAACCCUCCUAUGAUUUUAAUUUAAAGCUGAUGUUUUUAAAUUAUGUUUAGAUGUAAAAAAUGUAAAAAAAAGACAAUUUGGUAUAAUUCUUAUUUGAGAUUUAAACCCGUUAUAUUAGUGGGUAAUAACAUUGAUGAUUUCAACUCCUCCGACAAAAAUCUUUGUACUUGUGUCUCUUGAAGUGGAAUCUUUGCUUGUUUAGAGUUAUGAGAUUAGACUAGUCACGCAUUGGUUCUUUUAUCUUUAGAUUAUUGUGUUUUAUCUGUUUGUAAGAAGCAUAGAAAGCAUGUAAAUAGCUCUUUUGGACGAAUCUUUUCAGAUCUUUUUAUUGUUUUUACUAAA